UUGGAAAUCUUCUCGAGUCGAUUCCAAUUAGGACGACGACGGCAGAGGUUGUGCAGCACCCCCCCCCCCCAACACGAGCGUAUGUGAGCCGACAACAACUCCCAAGGAUGCAGGCAGACGAAAUGGAGAGCUCCAUGGAGUCCCCCAAUCUGGAGUUUGAGUACGGGGACAUGGACAUGCUGCCAGCGGAGCUAUCAGAGCUCUACAGCUACACAGAGGAGCCGGAGUUCGCCCUCAACAAGGACUACUUUGAGGAGGACUUCAAGAGUCAAGUGCGUGGGCGGAGGUGGGUGGAGCUGAGCGUGGAGGAGCAGCGAGCCUACGUGAUGAGGCUGCUGGACGCCCUGGAGGUGACCGACCGCGACAAGAGGCUGAAGGUGGCCCGCGCCAUCCUCUACCUGGCCCAGGGUGUGUACGACGAGUGCGACUCAGACGUGGACGUCCUCUACUGGGCCAGACACAACGUCUUCCUGCUCUACCACAUGGGCGUGUUCACCGCUCUGCUGGAACUCCUCAACAUGGAGAUAGAUAACAGCCAGGCGUGCAGCAGUGCGGUGCGGAAACCUGCCAUCUCCCUCGCUGACAGCACAGAACUCCGUGUGUUGCUGAGCAUCAUGUAUCUGAUGGUGGAGAACAUUCGCGUUCAGACGGAGGACGACAGACCUGAGUGGAUCGCCGCCAGGGAGACCUUCAGGAUUGAGCUAGCCGCUCCCAUGUGCAGCGGGGAGCCCUUUGCUCUGCUCCUCUUCACCAUGGUUACCAAGUUCUGCAGCAUGAACGCCCCGCACUUCCCCAUGAAGAAGGUUCUGCUGCUGCUCUGGAAGACUGUUCUGUUCACCCUGGGGGGCUUCGAGGAGCUCCAGGCCAUGAAGGUGCGUGGCCGGGAGCGCCUGCAGCUGCCCCCGCUGCCGGAGGACAGCAUCCGGGUGGUCCGCGCCAUGCGGGCGGCCUCCCCCCCCGCCUCGGCCAUGGAGCUCAUCGAGCAGCAGCAGCAGCAGAAGAGGGGCCGGCGCAGCCGCAGGAGUGCCUUUGUUGAUAGCUUGGAAGGCGACAGUCCCUUUGCCAAGAAGCAGCCCCUGGUGAAGCAGGACAGCCUGGACACCUACAACGAGCGGGACCCCUUCAAGAACGAGGAGGCCCGCGACGAAGACGAGGACCCCGAGGACUCGGACAGCGGCAUCGAGGGCGAGGUGGACCCCCUGGACCGCGACGUCAUCAUCCAGCCCCCGCCCCCCCCGCCGCCGCUGCGCCCCCCCACCGAGAGGCUCAACUUCCCCAAGGGCCUGCCCUGGGCGCCCAAAGUCCGGGAGAAAGACAUCGAGCACUUCCUGGAGACCAGUCGUAACAAGUUCAUCGGCUUCACCUUGGGAAACGACAUCGACACGCUGGUGGGUUUGCCCCGGCCAAUCCACGAGAGCGUCAAGACUCUCAAACAGCAUAAGUACGUGUCCAUCGCUGAGGUGCAGAUAAAGAGGGAACAGGAGCUCCAGAAGUGCCCAAUGACACUGGGGGAGGAGGAGGUGGAGGAGACCCCAGCUGAGAUCCUGUACCUGGGCAUGCUCCCCAACCUCUCCCAGUAUGUGAUCGCCCUGCUCAAGCUGCUACUGGCGGCCGCCCCCACCUCCAAGGCCAAGACGGACUCCAUCAACAUCCUGGCUGACGUGCUUCCCGAGGAGAUGCCCAUCACGGUCCUGCAGAGCAUGAAGCUGGGCAUCGAUGUGAACCGCCACAAGGAGAUCAUCGUGAAGGCCAUCUCCGCCCUGCUGAUCCUGCUGCUCAAACACUUCAAGCUCAACCACAUCUACCAGUUUGAGAUCGUCUCUCAGCACCUGGUGUUCGCCAACUGUAUCCCCCUCAUCCUCAAGUUCUUCAACCAGAACAUCAUGUCCUACAUCAGCGCUAAGAACAGUAUCUGUGUGCUGGACUUCCCCCACUGUGUAGUCCAUGAGCUGCCAGAGCUCACAGCAGAGAGCCUGGAAGCCGGAGACAACAACCAGUUCUGCUGGAGGAACCUGUUCUCGUGCAUCAACCUCCUCAGGAUCCUGAACAAGCUGACCAAGUGGAAGCACUCCAGGACCAUGAUGCUGGUGGUGUUCAAGUCGGCCCCCAUCCUGAAGAGGGCGCUGAAGGUGAAGCAGGCCAUGAUGCAGCUGUACGUGCUGAAGCUGCUGAAGAUCCAGACCAAGUACCUCGGCCGGCAGUGGAGGAAGAGCAACAUGAAGACCAUGUCGGCCAUCUACCAGAAGGUCCGCCACCGGCUCAACGACGACUGGGCCUACGGAAACGACAUCGACGCGCGGCCCUGGUACUUCCAGGUGGAGGAGUGUGACAUGCGUGAGAGCAUCGAGAAGUUCAACAGCCGGCGCUACGACCGCAGCCGCGGCGGGCCCGCCGGCGGGGAGUUCACGCCGGUGGACAACUGCCUGCAGAGCGUGCUGGGCCAGCGGGUGGAGCUGCCCGAGGACUUCCAGUACAGCUACGAGCUGUGGCUGGAGAGGGAGGUGUUCUCCCAGCCCAUCCAGUGGGAGGGCCUGCUGGAGAGGCCCUGAUGGUGGAGGAGAAGGAGGAGGAGGAGGGGAGAGGGAGGUCUAUUCCCAGCCCAUCCAGUGGGAGGGCCUGCUGGAGAGGCCCUGAUGGAGGAGCAGGAGGAGGUGGAGGUGGAGGAGGAGGAGGAGGGGAGAGGGAGGUCUAUUCCCAGCCCAUCCAGUGGGAGGGCCUGCUGGAGAGGUCGUGAUGGUGGAGGAGAAGGAGGAGCAGGAGGAGGAGGAGGAGGAGGAGGAGGAGGGGAGAGGGAGGUCUAUUCCCAGCCCAUUCAGUGGGAGUGCUGGCUGGAGAGGAGGAGGAAGAGGAAGGAGGUUUUGGUGGAGACAUAUGGGAGGGAGAAGGAAGCGGGAGAUUCUCUCCCAGUCCAUAGACUGGGAGAGUGUUGCUGAUGGUGGGGGAGGAGGGAUGGAGAAGGGGGUAAUGGGAGAGAGAGAAAGAUGUGGAGGGUAGGGGUUAUUUUGAGAGCAGGAGAAAGAUUUGGUGGGGCGGGGAGUGAAGAUGAUGGGUGCAGGCAUUCUCCCAGUACGAGAGAGGGAGAGGGAGAGAGAGCGAGAGAGGGAGAGGGAGAGAGACUUUUCCAUUUGCUGGAGAAACUGAAGGGGAGGGGGGGAGAGGUAAGUUUAAAGAGAGAGACACAACAUGAGGGAGAGGGAGUGGAUUCAGGUGAGAGAGAGUGUGGGGACCUACUGAACACACACCAAGUUGGAUAAAGCUUGUGCCGACGACUACUUUGAGAACAGGUUGACCAGCGAAGAACAGAAAUGUUGUAGCAGCUAAGGAUCUGCAACAGUUACACACAAUAAUAUAAUAUAUAAUAAUAACCGUAAUCACAAAAGUAAUUUUCUUAAACGUUGAAGCUGACUUCAAACGACACAUACUUCCUUCUUGAUAUGUAGUUGGGUUUAUUUGUAUAACUGUGUGCGUGUGUGCUUUAAAGCGGUUUGAUUAAGCUGUUCAGUUUUUUGUAUUUAUUGUCGUUUUUUUAUGACCGUUGAAUGGCGUCGUUUGUUUGUAAUGUGUUAUUUAUAUUCACUGCAGCCAUGGCAUUUUUUUGCUCCGAAUUCACUGAUGUGAAAGCUUUUCUUAAAUCUUUAUUAAAACAGGACUUCUUUGGGAACUCACCACUUAAGAUAGUUUUGAUAAACACAAAUAAGCUAAUAAUUGGACACCCAAUAGAUAUAUACUGUAUAUACCAUCAGUAAGUUUAUGUAUUUGAGGAUGAAUAGGUUAAAGGGGACCUAAACUACUCCUGAACAUAGGGGUAGGCUAGACAGAAUUCCUCCACCUUAUCAUAUUUUAUUUUGUACAUUACUAGCAUAAAACAAUAAUGUAUGUAUUCUAAUUCUGACAGCCUCGAUAGAGUUUAUUGUGUAAGCAUGGGACAUAAUUUUCAUGUUUUUGUAUAUGCAUAAAUAUAGAUUAUUGAUUUAUCUGCCCUGAAGUGAUUCUUGACUGAAAGAUGUCUGCUGGAAGGUACAGGAGUCUGUCUCGCCCCUUCCCCGGCCACUAUCUCGCUAUCCUGCUUACCGGUCGGCCUGGCAACGGCACGAUAACUUACCCAAGCUCCAAGUGGCCUUGGUGGGCAAUUAACCACCCCUCCCCCAAGCUGAGAAGAACACACUUUGUCAAACAAAAUGGUGCUGUUUGUGUUUUUAUGAAAUCUCUGAAAAGUCUUUACUGACUGAGAUUUUUACUCCUUUAAAAAACAACUCCAACCUACCUAAAUAAAGUGUUGAUGGUCAGAAUGGUUUUUCUCUAGUUUUCUAAUGAGUUUCUGGAAGUUUCGUCCACUGAAAUGCGUGAAUAAGCACAUACAAAAAGAUCUAUGGUUUCCGUUUUGUAUCCUUGCUAAAGUCUAUUUGGUAGUUUCUCUCGGCUUGUUGGAAGAUUUGUCAAAUUUGUUUUAUAGAAUGGUUAUUUCUACAUUGAAUAUUGACUUGAGCUUCUGUGUAUGAGCAAAAUGCAUGGCUGCAUUUUAAUCUGUUAUUUGGAAUAGCUGUUGAAUAUCACACUUUUACAUUUACGGUUUUGUGUCUAACAAUGGUUCCAGCACAAUAAUACAUUUUAUAUUUUUUUGCGUUUGAUGUGGAAUUAAGAGAAUUUUACCAGUGUCUGUUUCUCUCUGAAAGGCAAUAUCCUGGAAAAUAAUAAUAGAGAUAUUUUCUAGCUUCUCAGGUUAGCGGCGGUACGAUGAUAUAACGGUUUUUAAAAAGCUUCCUCGAUAUUCAAUAUCGGUUAUCCUUUCUCGUUGUAUACCUGGGAUCCACACACUCGUGUCCCUAGAUAACCGUUUGUUGGAUCAACUUCAGAUUGUAUUGUGUGAUACUCGCACAGGGUCAUAGAGACACUGGAUACCAUAUAUUGUCGAGUUUGUAGACUUAUACUUGUAAGUAUGUUACACCAACUUUAGUUUUUUUAAACGUGCCAAAUUUGAGUGCCAUAAUGGAUAGUUGUUUAUUUUUGUGUCUUUUAAAGUACAGCCUCCAGUAGGCAGUGUUCAUCAUGGAGGCCUUGUUCAAAGGCUGUUCACAUCAAACGAAUAUUUGUGUUUCGCAAUACAAGAUCUUUUUAUUUUUUACUACCUGAAACUUGUACAAUCAUUACAAAUGGAGUUUUCUUGGUAUGGUGCUUGGAUGUUUUAAGCAUCAUAUUAAUAAUCCUACUACUAUAUGUGUGCAUUUAUUGUGUUUUUUUUUAAUUUAUUUUGCAGUUUCACAUAUACCAAGGUUAGCUUAAUACAGUGAAUGUUCAGGGUUAUGUGCAAUGACUGAUGAAUAAUAUAUGAUUACUCAGAAGGAAAAUAUCAGAGCUGCUUCAAUUAAAAAGGUUUGUCCAAAUUAC